ACAUUUCGAAAUUUUAUUUUAAAUUUUGUAGGUUAAGUUCCCAAGUGGCAAAAAAACAUAAAUCUAUAUGCUAACAAGAAUUUUUGUGAGGAAAAUGUCUGUUAAUAUUGCACCGAAAAUUUUAAACAACGCAGAGCUUGCCGAGCGCAAGUUAUUAGAAUUAAAAUAUAAGUUGGAAGAAGUCAGAAAGUUUAAAAUACAAGAAAAAGUACAAGAACUUAUUAAAGAUAAUGCAAUUCUUUCAUCGAAAGUUGAAGCUGCUAAGGCAGAACUUGUAAGACUUGAGACGUUGCAUGGAAAGAAACAAUAUCAAUUGCCCGGUAAUAAACCAGUGGUUGUUUGUAGUACACCAGACAAAAUACCACCUGCAAGUGACAAUCAAGAAAUUAUUGCACCAGAUACGAAAAAAGUAAAAAAAGAAAAAGAACCAGUGAAGAAGAAAGAAAAAGUUGCAACCCCAUCAUCUAAUACAGAAUCAAUAAUAGAUAUCAGGAAGUUGGACCUUAGAAUAGGCAAAAUUAUAGAUAUUAAUAAGCAUCCUGAUGCAGAUAGUUUAUAUGUGGAGAAGAUAGAUUGCGGUGAAGAUAAUCCACGCACAGUUGUGUCUGGUCUUGUGAAUCAUGUACCUAUUGAUGAAAUGAGAGACAGAAUAGUGAUGGUGUUAUGUAAUCUAAAACCAGUAAAGAUGCGUGGUGUGACUUCAGAGGCCAUGGUUAUGUGCGCUUCAUCACCUGAAAAAGUUGAAGUACUGUUGCCACCAAACGGAGCAGCCCCAGGUGAUCUGGUGUCAUGCGAAGGCUAUCCACGGGAGCCUGAACCUCAGUUGAACCCCAAAAAGAAGAUAUUUGAGACUUGUGCUCCUGAUCUCAAAACUGAUGAUGAUAAAGUUGCUUGCUAUAAGGGUAGUCCUCUAGUUGUACCAGGCAAAGGACCUGUAGUAGCACCCACACUCAAAGGAGUUCAUGUCAAAUAGAUUAUCUGGAUAUUGUAUAAUUAAACGUUUUUAUUUAAAUUAUCUCAAAA